CUCUCUCAAUUGGCAUUCUUAAAAUAGUGCCACUGGGCUCCUCUUCACCAAAUAUAGGUUAUCCAAACACUCCGGCUCGCUCCCUCUCCCUCUCCCUGGGUCGUACCAUCGCAGGCGGGGAAUGAACAGGAACUUGUGCGCUGGGAGCCGGAGAUGAAUACUUCAUCCCUGACCCACAUAAUGGCGAUAUAUGAGGCUCGGUGAGGCGCUCCGUGGCGCGGCGGCGGCUCUCCGCGGCUCGACUCUCAUCUUCCUCCGCCUGGAUCCGACUCUGCUUUCCUCUCCUCUUAUCUCCUCUUCUCUCCUCUCCUCUCAUCUCUUCUCCCUCUCUCCGUCUCGCUUUCCAAAAAGGCAGAGAGGAGGGAGGAACGGAGACUUCUGCCGAGGAAACGGCGACGGAAACGGAAAAAGUAAACAAAGGAAAAGAAAAGAUCAGGGCCCACCAGUGCUGGAUUGAACCUGAAGAAUCGCCCGCAGCGCUGCACAAGAAAAGGUGUCUCCAUUUUUCUACAUGUCCGCAGUCUUAUCCCACGAAACCUUUAUUAAUAGAGUGUGACCUACGACGGGGAGCUGAAACGGUAUAAAACAGAGUCGGCGAUAUCAAACGACGGAGGGGAAGCUGCCGGUGGGACUAAUGUGGCAUUAUUAAAACCAGGGCCCAGCAGAGUGACAUGGCAGAGCGUCGAGUCGGCCUGAAGAUCCCCUGACUCCUCAGCAGAAACCUUCAACAGAACCUGAGGUCCAGCUUUCCCCCCUCCUACAUCCUCCACCCCAUCGUUUCCUGACCCGUCCUCUGGUUCCGGGUCAUGGCGCUCCCCAGUGCCAACGAGUUCCACUGGCAGAGCCUGGCGCGUCUGCCCUGCGGCCGCGUCUACCACUCUCUGUGUGAGGUGGGGGGGCAGAUGUAUAUGCUGGGGGGCUGCGACGCUGCGGGCCGGCCGUGUCCCGAACUGGACCUGUACUCUCCUGAGGGGGACCGCUGGAUAGGCUUGGCCCCGAUGCCCACCCCCCGCGCAGGCGCGGCCGUGGCCGUGCUGGGGAAGCAGAUCCUGGUGGUGGGCGGAGUGGGAGAAGACCAGCGCCCUCUGAAGGUGGUGGAGAUGUACAACACAGAGGAAGGCAGGUGGAGGAAGAGGAGCGCUCUGCGGGAGGCCCUGAUGGGCGUGUCCAUCACUGUGAAAGAUAGCCGUGCUCUGGCUGUCGGAGGCAUGGCCGCUGACCUGCUCCCUCGCAGCGUCCUGCAGCAGUACGACCUCAGAAAGGACGUCUGGGCGCUACUUCCUCCCAUGCCGACUCCUCGCUACGACGCCACCUGCCACCUGCUGGGCAACAAGCUUUAUGUUGCAGGUGGUCGUCAGUGUAAGCGACCGGUGAAAGCUUUCGAGGUGUACGACACAGACGCACGCUCCUGGACCUCGCUGCCCGUUUUGCCGUGUAAGCGCACCUACGGCGGUGUGGUCUGGGACUCUGCUGGGAGGCUGUGCCUGCUGGGAGGCCUGCGGCAAGGCGGAGGACACCAAACCUCCAAGUUCACCAAGAACGUCAAUAUUUUUGAUACCAAUCAAGGUGCCUGGCUGAAGUCCGAGGAGACGGUGGCGUUGAAAACUAAGAGAGCAGACUUUGCCGCCGCCUUCUUGCGCGGCAGGAUGGUGGUUGCAGGUGGACUUGGUCACGAACCCUCAGCGUUGGACACGGUGGAGGCGUUUAACCCUCAGAAGAAGAAGUGGGAACGUUUGGCUCCCAUGAACUUCCCCAGAUGUUCCGCCUCUUCCAUUGUCAUCAGAGAUCGCCUCCUGGUGGUGGGAGGAGUCAACCAGGUUCCCAGCCCAGCCCAUGAGAUCCUCUACGUCAAAGAAGAAGAGUAUCUGUAGCGCGGAGCCGCCGACGGAUUGAACCGCCUCUUUCCUCCAUCAGACUCAGAGCAGCAUGCGAUGUAACAGGUAACACUGCCCCCUGCUGGAAGCAGCUGAGCAACGCGUGUGAGCGCAUCGUGGAGCGCAUGGUGGGGCGCCUGACUCCAUGUCUGCGUGGAGGUUUCAUCCCUGUCAGGGUGGGAUCCUUCUGGAAGGUUUUGUUUCCCUCCUUCCCCCCAACGCCUGGACUUGUAGGCAAACCAAUAUGGGAAAUCUGUUUUACUGCUGAUAUGUAUUUCAUCUCGUGUCUUUGCUUUUCACUUUAUGUGAUUUAGGAACUAUAGAUAAGGUGGAUUUUACAAAACAUUUUAUCUUAGUGAGAUGAAGUGACGACAAUAUUUGUAGAUGAUUUAAUCAUACAGAUAAUACAGGGUUUUUUUGUUUAAGUAACUUCCAGGUUCUGUGAAAGGGGCAGUAUAAUGUAGGGCUGAAACAAUUCCUCCAAUGAUUGGAGUUCCUCCAUUAUUAAAAUUUCCUGAGGAAAAUUGACCUGCCUUGAAGCUUUGUUCAUUUAUGUUUUAUUAUUUAGGGCAUCGUGUUCCAACCGAAACAUUAUGUGCGUUGCGCGGUGGGAGUUCUGACUUCCGCCUAUGAGUUGUUGACGAAAGCUAAGAGUUACCAUCAUAACGCCAAGUUUAGAGUUCGGACGUGGGGAUUUUAUUGACUGGUGAUAAUGCCCAGGUUUUCAUGGUUUUAGGGGACCAGUAAGCAUCCUGAAAAUGACUGGCAAGAUGCCUGGAGUACGACUGAACACGACACGCGGCUGAGAAGUUGAUGCUUACAGUGUAAGUGUAGCUUACACAGUAAGCUACACUUACACUGCACAAUACAUUUCAUAUCAUCCCGGUCUGAACAAACUGGUGGCAGUACAUAGCUGGUAUAUAUCCCGUAUUGCCCCAGCUGCAGUUCCCAAGCUUCAAAGCUUCCACCUCACAGAGCAGCCUUCCUCCGAUCUCCCUCAUUCAGCUCCUUCAGACUAGCCAGCAGCAAUUAGCAAACACCUGGUGGGUCUGUGCAUCUGCUGAGUUCAUUAUAUGAGCUGCUUCUCAGUGAAACACUGGUAAAAAUGUUGUUAAAGAGUUAACAGAGGAGCCAUGUUGUGAUGACCUCCUGAAGACAGAGCUUCAGAAAGAGCAGGAGCUUUUAAAGAGACAGAGGCCCAAUGUCAAGGUGUUAAUUUAAAAGGUAAAAUUUAUUUUAAUGAUUUGUAGAGAGAGCAUAAUCAAGCAACAUAGUUACUUGAUUAUGCUUUAAAAUGGCACUAGUUUCCUGGAAAACACAUAAUACUGCCCCUUUAAGUGUAGUAUUACAGUCUUAGUUCCUUUAAGAUAGUGUUUUCUUAUGACAUGACUCCUGUGUGGUGUACCACUUCCUGUUUGUGAGUUAUGAUCAUGUAUAUGAAAUUAACCAUGCGUGAAAUGCUGUUCUUUUUGCAUCAGUGGAUAAUUAUUUUGUGGAAUGAAAGUGACAUAUGCUUUUUGUUAUCAUUUACUUUAUAAAUCUGAAAAGUGUGGUGUGCAUUUUUCAUGUAUCCAUUCUUCACGGUGCAUAUAAUUGUUACUAGAGGUCCGAUUGUUACACUUUAGUGUCAUCUGAUCAGAACAUCGUCUUCCACAGUUUUGCUCUGUCCAUUAAGCCACGUCUGGCUGUAAACUGUAAAUUUGGACUUUUUAUGGCCUCUUUGUCUUUCUUUCACAAAGACCAGAUUUGUAAAGUCCACAAUUAAUGGUUGGCCACUGAGUGUAUUUUUCCAUCUGACCUAUUGAUUUGUUAUUCACUAACUACUUUUCCAAACUUUGUUGCUAUUCUGCUAAUGUUGGAAAAAUACAAAUUUCACAUUUGCAGUGUUUACAUUAAGAAACUCAGUUGAAAUCACACUUGAAUUCAACUUGUUUAUGAGGGAAAAAAAACCAUGCUGUGUCAUUGCUCUCCUCCCUCUUUCUGUCGUCUUCUUUGUCCUUUCUGCCAGUAGAGAACAUAUUUUCAUUGCAAUUUUUACAAGAUGAACGGAUUUUGAUGCGUUUGAAAAACCACUUCAUCCAAGCACAAAAGCUCUUAACAAAAAAUGUGUUUUUUUUUAAAUCGCCAUGUUUCCAUGUUGAAGUAAAUGCAUUUUUGUAACUCCAAUUUGUGCAAUUUUAAGGUAAAUGGAAACUCAGCUACUAAAAACAAACAACAACUCUAAAGUGUUCUUUAAACAGCUGUAUACAUACUGAGAUUGAAUUACACAUAUCUGGAUUCUGGACCGUAAUGAAGUGACUUCAGAAGACAACUGCAGCUGCAUUGAAUUUUCUUUGGGGGCAUCACAGUAAUAGUGUCUAUAUUGAAAUCCAUGCCACUCUUUAAAGGAAAGUUAUGACUUUCCUUUAAAGUCAUAACUCGGCACCACUCUGUUGGUCUUUCAGAUGAAACCCUAAAGACGGGAAAAGUUUCAUAUGUUGGAUUUUGGACUCAUUUCCAGGCACCAACUUGGAUCCUGUUUGACUUCCGGGUCAACUUCCUGCCUACAGCAAUACGAUCCCUGUUCAGCGCCGUUUACAACAUCCUGUGUGCAAAAACUGCAAGAGGGACAUUUUACUGCAGAGUGUUUCCCUUUGUUCGGGACCCACUUUGUGGUGCACACUUUCAGAUGUGCAUGUAUUUUUAUUUUUUUUAUUUGUAUGUUUAUUGUGCUGACACAAAAACUAAGCCAUGUUUUCUUCUGUUACCCAAUCACAUGUAACGCUGACUUCAUGACUCUCUUUGUAAAAUAAAUCUUCUUGUUGCUCUCAGCUUCCA